CUUCGGUGUUAUUGUCGGAUGGUCAGUGUUUUACACCAUUGCCUGUGUCUUCUACCCACUACCUACAACUUACGAUGAGAGUAUCAUGGCAUGGCAACAGUUUGAAGAGGAGAGCCACUGGCCUGUUCUUCUCCAUUUUACCAUCACCGUGGCCUGUGCUGCUGCCAACUGGCGGGGAGUGGGGAGUAUCGAGCGGGCCAUGACCGCCAUGACACCGCUGCUGCUCGUCCUGCUGCUCACGGCCCUGAUCUGGGCUCUGACGCUCAACAACGCCGAGGUCGGGCUCGGCUUCUUCUGUACUCCAGACUGGGGCUUGUUAGGGAGCCCUACGCUCUGGAUUGAAGCCUUGUCACAGGUUGCUUGGGACACAGGAGCAGCUUUCGGCAUUUUCCUGGUCCUAGGAACUAGCAUGUCCCGUCAGAUGGGACCUGUAAAAAACGUGAUAUGGACAACAGCUACCAACGGUGGUAUUAGUCUGACAGUUGGCAUCACGGUGUUCUGUACAGUCUUCUCAACCUUCACAGAAGUCAACCCGGGUGGUACCAAGGCAGAUAUUGUCGAACUGCUGAGGACCAACGGACCUGCCAAUACUGGACUUACUUUUAUCUGGCUGCCCAUCCUGUUCUCCACCAUGGCCGGGGGCCGAGUGAUGGCGUCACUGUUCUUCCUGGCCGUGUUUAUCGCAACCUUCAGCAACUAUAUCACCCUGAUGAACACGUCUGUACAAGCCAUGGUCGACUGGGGAGUGAAAAGAGGCGUUGCAGUAGCAGUUAUCGCCAUGCUGACUUUCCUCUUGGGCAUACCCAGUGCCAUGAACAUACAAGUACUAGUGAAUCAGGACUUUGUUUGGAGCGCUGGACUCAUCUUUUCUGGGCUCUCUAUGAUUUACCUGCUCUCGAGAUAUGGUGCACCGGAAUUCCGCUUGAACAUGCUCAACCAGGCAGGGGAUGGAAGUGACUGGAAACUACCCAGAGUGUUUGACUAUCUGACAAAGUACGUCCUAGUACUAAAUGGCACUGUGCUGCUAGUUUGGUGGGUGGCGCAAACUAUCCAGUCCGCUGAUGUACCAUGGUAUCAACUUGGGAACCAGUCCUUGAUGACUGCCAUUCUAGAGUGGACGGUGCUAGUCAUCAUUUUGGUGGGACUAAAUGUCAUCUUUGUGCGAUGCCAAACAUCAAUAUCCAGGCAUUGGUCAUCGCUUAUAUCCGUACAGGACAAAAUAACCAACUGUAGUAACUGUUGUAACAAGGUAGAAGAGGACCAGUUUAACACUCUAGAAUAUGAAAAGUUAAGACUAUUAGAAGAGAACGAAUGUGUAGGAAUUUAGU